CUUAAUGAUAUUAGCGAGUAUCAGACGGACGUACGCAUGCCCGACGUCACUUGUUCUUUCCCUCAGGAACUGCAUCGCGUAGAGAUAAUGCCUCGCGAGUGACACCGCGGCGAGCAAAUGUAGCUCGCGUGGGCUCGUCACCCUCUCCGCGCCUUUCGCAUGUAAUCCAAAAUUGGAAGAAUAAGGUUGUUGUUACAUCACGCGAGACGAGGCAGAAAAUGAGGGAGAAUGAUAGAACUACGUUAUGUUUUUUAUUGAUGCUCGCUCUGUGUACAAGAGUAUAUUCAGCAAACGCCAGACAUAUAAUUACCAAGAGAAAUUACAGCGACCAAAGCGUAAGAGGAUAUCUAGCGGAGAGAAUCUGUUGGUGGAACGAAGUGUGCAAGGAAGAGUUUCACAGUAAGUUUCGAUGUCGCUGCCCGAGAUGGUCUUAUUGCCGUGCACCAGGAAGGUAUUAUGAUGCGCAUUGCAGUAUGACACGCACAGGAUACAUAUGGACCCAGCCAGAAAUGUCGUUGACGCCUCGAAAUCGAAUAAAUGAAUGGCAAUACGAAGGAAAUCAAACAUCUGUUUAA